GCCGUUUUUAUUUGGCAGUUGUUCACGCUUAUUGACACCCAAGAAACGGAUAUUGUCAAUAAUGAUACUAAUAUUAAUCAAGAUACGAACAUUCAUAACGAUUCGAAUGAUACAAUGGAAUAUGACCAUUUGGAUACUACGGCAAAAGCUUGGGAACCUUCAAAUGAAAUGCUUUCGCUUACUUCUGACAUUUAUCAUGAUAAUACACUCUCCAAGAAUGAUCAUUUUAAUAUUAUCAAAAACCAACCUGCCAAUAAACUUAUCAUGUUCAAACCACCUACCAUGGAUGCACCUUUAUGGCAAAUCAUGUCAAAAGAGGCAAAACAUACAGACACUCUGCUUCAAAAGGUGGCUUAUCGUGCAUCAACCAUUUUACGUCCAAUUGAUAAUCUUCUUAGAAACACUUAUGAAUCACGUCCAGAAAAUGACGAUGGUGAAUCUAUAGCUGCAUGGCAAGAGGUUGAAACUACGCUUUUGCAGGCCAGAGCCUUGGUAUUGGAUACUCUUUCAUUUACCAAUGACAUACGAAGAGAUAAAGCCCUUAAACUUAUCUCUCCCAACUAUAAACCAAAAGCGGAUCACUCAGAAGUAUUUGGUAAAUGCCUUCACGAAUUUAUUGAAAAAGAAAACGCUACCAAUAAACUUAUCCACAAGGCACUAUUGCACAAAAAAAGAGGAUUAGAAAUUGGAGGGUAUCUAAGAUACUGUGCACAUUCAUGGCUACGGCUAUUCAGUUCAUCCUGGGUUACAUCAGUUAUUUCGGAAGGUUAUAUGCCUAUAUGGUUAACACCACCACCUAUUUCCAUACAACAUAUGUCCAAACGUUACUUCAAACCUACAGAAUUUUCAAGUUUAUGUUCAGAAAUACAGUCCUUAUUAGACAAAAAAGUGAUAUGCCAUUUGGACACGAAUGUUCCAUGUUUUGUUUCAAACCUAUUGCUUAUACCCAAAAAAACUGGCGAUCUUCGUCCAGUUAUAGAUCUACGAAACUUAAACCGUUAUGUCAAAUACAGCCAUUUCAAAAUAGAGACAAUCGAAAUGGUCAAGAAUCUACUUCGUCGAAAUGAUUAUAUGGUUACAAUAGAUCUCCAGGAUACCUUCUUUCAUUCCAUGAAUAUUUACAAAGAUCUUUCGCCCUCUGAUAACACAUCUCAGGUCCUUGGGAAUUCGUAUAGUGGCAUAUCUAGACGACAUUAUAAUUUUGGUGAAUUCGAAGAAGACUCUCCUCAAUCAUUUAGAGAUCACACACCAACUGUUGACUCAAUGCGGGUUUCACAUCAACAGAGAAAAGUCUCACCUAUCACCAACUCGAAAUUUGGAGUAUCUAGGUUUCCACAUAAACACACAGAAAAUGACCCUUUCUCUAACACGAAAGAAAGUCAAAGAUAUUAUCAGGGAGUGCAAAACCCUUCUUCUACAAGAUCAAGUCCACAUCCGCAAAUUGGCAGCAUUAAUAGGGAAAUUGACCGCAGCAACCGCAGCAGUCUUUCCCAGUUGAUUGAAGUUACAGGCACUAUUGAGAGACAAGAUUACUGCACUCAAACUCAGGGGAUGGAACUCAUACCUGACCCUAUCAAUGAAGAGUCGAACUCAACUCAAAUGGUAGAUAAAGAACCUGAAAUAUUGGAACAGUCAAUCAAUAAUACCAGCAACACCAUGAAUUACAAUAAAAGAACGAAUACAGCACAUAAAUCUAUUGGAAUUGAAAGCAAUAGAUCACGGGCUUCAAUCCUUCAAAGAAAUUCAGAAUUGCACCAUCCGGCCAAACACAUACCAGGCACUAUGAACAUUAUGGCAGAUCAAGCCUUACGGCAAAAACCAGAACCCUUCGAUUGGAAAAUAAAGAAACACAUGUUCAACCGAAUAAAUCAAAUUUGGGGUCCAUUUCGUCCAGACCCAUUUGCAGAAGGAACAAAUGCACUAAACCAGUCGUGGAACAAGAUAAAAGGAUGGGCCAACCCACCAUGGAUUUUAAUUCCUCAGAUUCUAGCCAAAUCUCUACUAAUAGAGCAGCCAAUCCGUCUACCAUCCCAUUGUAUAAUACAGGGACCCAGCACAACGAAGAUCCCAUGGAGGUUUAACCAGUGGAAAAUAUUCGCAUGGCUCUUAUCAGGAGCAUCAAUGACAGUUUCUUCUAAUAUUAAAAAGUGGCUAGAUUGGUGUGAAAUAAUAGAGCAGGACCCAAUAACCUGUAGUUUGUCUAUUAUUUGUGAAUUUCUUUUAGACCAACUAGUGGCAGGAAAAGCAUAUAAUACAAUUGCAGAGUAUAGGUCAGCUAUUAGCGAAAUUCAUGACUUUAUCGAUAGUACGCCAAUCAGCAAACACCCAGAUGUUUGUAGAGUAAUGCAAGCUAUCCAUAACGAGAACCUACCACCAAUUCGUUCAGAUGAUCUGAUCGAUUUAACAUCUUCACUUGAUUAUAUUAUAAGACUCAAUAAUAACACAGAACAUUCAUUGUUAUAUCUCAACCAAAAAACAGCUUUUUUAUGCGCAUUAGGUACAGCAAGCCGACCUUCAGACUUGUCCCGACUUGAUCUAACAUCCCUGACCAUUACAACCAAUGCAAUUACAUUAAAUUGUCUUAACCCAAAAGAACUCAAAAUUAGUAAUUCAAGAGCGUUAACACAGGGAUCAAGAGCAACAAGAUCUUCAGUAAAAAAGAUUGUUAUAGGAGAUUUUGAAAAUCGAUCUCUUAGCCCUAAAGUAGCUUUAUUAACUAUGCUCGAGGCUACACAACAUUUAAGAACAACAAGAGAACAAAAAGAAUGCGUAUUUCUUUCUUCUAUGCCACCACAUGCUCCAGCUUCAUCUGUCACAAUCGCAUGA